CAAUCCCUGAUAACUUCGUGUAUUCACUGUCAUGUACAGUCCUUCCUUAGGGAGCGGGACACUCCUCUUUCGUCCUGAACUCUUGCAGAAAAAUCCCCUAAUUUAGGACAGUAUUCAUUCCCUGUGUACUGCAGCGCUUUCAGUGUACAAUCGCGGUGCUCAGGAGUUCCGCUACUCCCCGAAAGUGAAGCAAUGUUAAAUCAGGAAGUGUCAGCAGCUGUAAUGGCUUCAAAACAGCAGGUUGAGAAUUUAACCGCGGAGACAAUUUGUUCCAUUUGCUUGGAUUUCUUCACCAAUCCAGUUAUAUUGGAGUGCGGGCACAAUUUCUGCCGCUCCUGUGUCAUACAGUUUUGGGAAAGUGCCGGGAGAAACUCCUGCCCGGAAUGUCGAGUGGAAUUUCGAGGCAACACUCUGAGGAUAAAUCGGGUCUUGGCUAGUCUGGCUAAGAAAGCUCAAGUACUAAGCCUGCAUCUUAAGGAGAAGGAAAGUAAACGCCGCUGCGAGGAACAUCAGGAAGAACUGAAGCUGUUUUGUGAAACCGACAAGAAACUGAUCUGUGUGGUUUGUGCAGUUGCGCGGGAACACAAGUCUCACGACUUCAUGCUGGUUAAAGUAGCUGCUGAAAUCUACAAGGAUCAGGUGAGAUCUUCCUUGGAAUCUCUUACUGAAAAGAAAUCAACGAUACAGAACAUGGAACAAGAACAGGAAGAGAAGAUCUUCAGAGUUCUGGAACAGUCACGCAGCCUUCAGUACCAGAUCACAUCCCAAUUUGCUGAACUGCAACAGAUUAUCAUGCAGAAAGAGCAGCGCUUACUCAGAGAUCUCAGGGAAGAAGAGGAGAUGAUUCUAAGUCCAAUGGAUAAAAAUCUUCGAGCGAUUCAAGGGAAUUUAAACUCUAUUCAAGACGAACUCUCAAAGUUACAGGAACGGAUGGAUCAAAGAGACAACGUGGUAUUUCUGAAGGAAGAAGCUUGUCGGGACAAGAGGGUCAGUGGGGAACACCAUAAAUUGAUAAUUUUGGAUGGUACCCUGGCUGUUGAAAAAUUCGAUCACCCAUUUCUGUUGAACGCAGCAGUGAAAGAAGCUUUGGAUUUCAUCAAACCAUUCUCUGUGACCCUGGAUGUGGAAACGGCGCAUCCGCGGCUCGAAGUGUCUGAGGAUCGGAAGAGUGUGAGAGGGACCGCGACCCAGAGGGAUCUCCCCGACACCGGGAAGAGGUUUACAGUCCGGGAUUGUGUGCUGGGAUCGGAGGGAUUCACAUCGGGGAGACAUUACUGGGAGGUGGAGGUGGCGGGGAAUCGGGGCUGGAGGCUGGGAGUCGCCGAAGAGUCCGUGGAGAGGAAGAAGAAAAGGUUCGCACUGGUACCGGAAUCUGGAUUCUGGACCAUCGAGCGGGCUGGUGAUGCGAUUUAUGUGAACACCUCCCCAAAAUCCCGUCUCCCUGCCGGUCCUGUCCCCGGGAGGGUGGGAGUUUAUCUCAAUUACGAGACCGGGACAGUUUCGUUUUACAGCGCGGACACCAAGUCCCAUCUCCACACCUUCACUGGGAAUAAAUUCACGGAGAAACUUUAUCCUUUCUUCUGGACUGUGCAUGUAAACUGGCUGAUAAUCUGCUCGGGCUCCGAUCCCAAUCUGUAAACCGGCCGAGUCCUGUGAUCAAAGUCAGGAGCGGGGUUCAGGGGCUGUGGGGCAGAAACCCAGUUGACAACAGGUUGGUGCUGAACGGGUCCCAGUUAAUCCCCAAAUUCCGCAUUGUAAAACCCCAAUGAGCCGGGAUAUAAACCCGGUGUAAAUAUAAAAGUGCGAAGUGUGAAAUAAAAACUGAGG